AUGGCGGUCGCGCCCGACACGCCGCCGAGCAUCCGCCGACAGUAUGCGAGUCCGCCACGCGAGUCGCCCGAUCAGCGGCGGCGACGUCUGGCCAACCGGCGUGCAGCCAAGUACCGCCACUUCCGGGCUCAAAACGCAGCGGACCCGGUGGCUGAGCGCCAGCGCCUGCAGAACACGCGACGGCAGCGCGAACGUCGUUCGCAGCUGGACGCCGAGGCGCGCGAACGCCUGCGCGCGCAGAACCGGCGUCGGCAGCAGCAGCGCCGCCAGGGACUGAGCGACCGCGCCAAGGCGGAGAUCCGCCAGAAGCAGCGCGAGCGGCAGCGUGAGCGCCGCCAGACGCUGGACGAUGAGGCGCGCGAGGAGCUGCGGGAGCGUGAGCGGCUGCGCAUCCGCCGAGAGCGGCUGCCGCAGCUGAGACUCGCGCCGGAGCUGCCGACGCUGAGGCAGCACCAGGAGCAGCAGAGACACAGAGAGAUACAGAGCAGGCUGCCGUUUGUCGGCGGCGUGCAGUUCACGCUGCCGCCCCCGCCGGCGCCUCUGGACAUGGUCCGGACCUUUGCGCACGAGCGGAUCCCCUCCUUGCCGCACCUGCAGCAGGUGACGAGGCCGACCACGUCGCUGCUACACUCGACACCGCCGCCUCUGUUCCCGAUGCCGGGACCACUUGCGACGACAAGUGGAGGACCAGGAAGUGCCACGUCGGCUGGAUUGCCGACUGUGGCUAGUGCAGUGGCGGCGGCGGCGACCAGGCCUCCGCAUCCGACCCCCAUCAUGCCGUCCGUGAGUUUGCCGCUGCCGAGUAAGCCGCUGGCCGCUCUGCCCAUGGUACCUCAGCAGCAGCAACAACAACCACCAAGGACGCCUAUUGUGCUCCCACCAGCACAUCGCUCGCUUCCACCGCUGCCCGAUUUCCUCAACAGUAGAGAGGCAUUCAACCCAGCUACAGCUGCAGCUGCGGCUACUACAGCGCGCUCGACGCGGCCUUCCAGCAGCGCUAGCAGAGCGUUGUUCCCGUCAUUCACUGAUCUACCGGCUACGCACACGGAGGCACAAGAGGCGGACUCUUUUUUCCAACGAUGA